AGACAAGCGGGGCUGAACUGAGCUGAGACCAGACUGUAGUGGAUUGUCUGAGAAACACACCCUCACAUCACCAGCACAAAGUGGAGGAAACUGCUGAGCACAUAUCACAAGAUACCAAUGCUUGCACCAGAUGAUGUGACAGAAAGCGAUCCACACAACUGAAGACAGCAAAAUGAUGGAAGGACAAAAUGGAACUAGUAUGCCUCUCAAAACUACAGAGAAUGGAGUAAAAGGGAAGCCCCCAUACUCAGUGGAAACACCCUAUGGCUUCCGGCUGGACCUGGACUUCCUUAAAUAUGUAGAUGACAUAGAGAAAGGCAACACCAUCAAAAGAGUCCCCAUCCAGCGUCGAAGCAAGGGCCCCCGGUCGAGCACUCUCCCCAGGCACCUCAACCCCUCUGGGUGUGGCUACCGCCCUAGUCCCUGGGGAUCCACUGGAGCUCUAGGUCCAAGGUCACGAUUUUCAGAUGCCAAUCAUGGCCACUCUUCUUGGGCAUAUGACCACAGAUCACCAGUCUCCCCUACAGGGUUUAAAUCCCUGGCAGAGAUGGAGGCCAGGAUCAAGGCAUUUGAUGAGCAGCCCCUUGGGGAGCACAUCAGACCCCAUCUCCUCCGAGCAUCCAGCUUGCCUCUAACAGUAUUACUGAGACAAGGAUCAGAGUCUACAGAUGACCAAGGCAGCCUCCGAAGUUCAAGGGAUCACCUCGGAGGAAGGGAUGCCUCUUGUGAAGAUGUCUUCCAUUCCCUGGACUGCUCCUUAGACAUCCCUCGCAGCCAGGACUGCUCUGGGCUGCUGAAGCGCCUUACAGAGGCCCUGGAACGUGUGGGUGAGUUGGAGAUGGAGGUGAGGGUCAUCCCAGAGCUCAGGGCUCAGAUUUGCAUCCUCCAGGAGGAAAGAGAAAGGCUCCGUCUGGGCCUGAGCCCAUGUGGCCAGUCUCUCUCUGUCAAUGGAACCACUGACCCUUGCACCUCCUCCCACUAUGGCACCUCAGAUAUCAAAAGGCAGAGGCAUGAAAGUUAUGUUACAUUUCCAAGAAACCACAGCAUCAAUCAAGAUGACUCAACACAUGAGUGGAGAACCAGCACAGAUCUGGAUGAGUUGCUGACAGUGACGUCCCUUCAGGCCAAGGUAGCUGUGCUGGAGCAGAAGCUCCAUGAGAGUGGCCUGGAGCUCCAGAGGACCUUGGGGCUGCUGAGGGAGCAGCAAGAGGAGAGUAGGAGGAAAGAUGAGAGGAUUGAGCACUUAACCAGGAACCCUGGGGCAUGGGUUCUUGCAGAGAGGGUGGUCGUAGACCAGGAUGGAGGAGAUGAGAUGGUGGAGAGGUCUAGUGAAUCUAAUAAUUGUAAGGUGUCUUCUGCAAAAGGUAUGGAUGUGUCCAUCAGUGCAAUGACUGUUAGUGAAAAUGGACAAACAAGUCAACAAGACUCAGAUGCAGUACCUAUGGAAUUUGAGGAAGCUUCAGCUGAAGGUAUAGGGUCAGCGGUGGCAGUUCACCACAUAAAGAAAAUCAAGAGGCUCCUGGAAGAGCAGUGGGAGUGCUUGUGUGCAGACAGUGACACAGCAGAGGAGGGUAAGCCUCUGGAGCACCCAGACCCCAAAGUCAACGCUAUACAACUGGAGAUGAUGGAAUAUGUCCACAUCCUUUUGUCCCACUACCCCCAACAUGGACAUGAUGAUGGAGAAGGGACUCAGCAUGGAGUCCCCAAAUCCAUCAUGAGGAGAGAUGGAAGUUCUCGGAUGUCAAAAAACCUACACUUUGCUGGUAUUAAUGAAGGAUGUGAAACAACUGCGAAUGGAGAGCUGGUCGGGCGGGACUGUGUGAAACAGAGCAUUCAUGACCAGAGGGAAAGACACAUCAACCCUGGGGAGAUGGCUGCUGCCCAGGUGGAUGCUGAGCCAGAAAAGAGAGGGAUGGAGAGAGAUAAACAUGUGAGCCUAGACAGACAGAUGAUGGUGGGUGGAGAGGGAUCGAGGCAGACAGAUGGGGGCAUUGCGUCUGUGGAAGCUGAGGCUCCGGAGAAAUUGGCCAAGAUGAAGCCACUGCCCCCAGGGGAGCAGAUGGAAAGGGACUCUGGUUCAGAAACAACCACCAAAGGCAGGGAGACCGUAAGCGGGGAAUUUAUGGCUGCCUGUCAGUUCCUCAGAGACCACAUGGACAACAUGGAUAACCCCAAUGACGACAUGAGGAAGGCCCUAGUGGUGCUGUUUCAGAAUUGGUUCGGUGUGGCAGCGGAGGAGACUUCAGUGGCCAGUCGGGUGGAUCUGUACCUGAGAGAAGUGAAGAAGACCACACCCUCUCUGCUGGCCUUCCUGGUCAAUCUAGCUGAUGACAACGGCAACACGGCGUUACAUUACAGUGUGUCCCACUGCAACUACAGCAUUGUCAGCCUGAUACUGGACACAGGUGUGAGUGAUGUGGAUCUUCAGAACAAGGCCGGGUACACCACAGUGAUGCUGGCCUCACUGACGGCCCCUGACGGCCCAGGUGGGAUGGAAGUGGUCCGCAGGCUCAUGGAACUGGGCCGUGUUAAUAUUCAAUCCAGCCAGACGGGCCAGACGGCUCUGCAGCUGGCAGUGCGUCACGGACGGGUGGUGAUGGUCCGCCUGCUGCUGAGUUGCGGGGCCGACACUAACAUCCAGGACAGCCAGGGAACCACGGCCUUGAUGUUCGCCUGCGAGAGGGGCUACACACACAUCGCAAGGCUGCUGCUUGAAAGGAGCCACUGUGACCUCAACCUGACUGACAAGCGGGGUCAAACUGCCCUCUCUGUGGCCAAGAAAGGCUCGCACACGGAUACAGCUGCACUCCUGCAGGCCCAUGCAAAAGCUAAAGCUCUCUAGGACUGGAACCCAUGCACAUUUCUUCUGCAGAAAAAAGAAGCAACCUUCAUAUGUGUCUCAGACAUACAGUCACUGCCAUCUUCUCUUUUGUCUGUGAAGCACUUCAAAGACGGUUUUACCAUUGACACGAUGUGCCAGGAUCAAGCGCUUGUCGUUGCAGAAUUCUGUGGAGUGAAUUGUCUGCACACCAGCACAGUUAUAAAUAAGGUGAUUCCAGCGCUUACAUGAGAGGUUCAUCAAUGCUCAAUGAAGGAUCUGGCAAAGCUUCACUGCCAUAUGAUUGGAUUGAUACUCACAAUAAAAACUGUCCUUACUGUAAAUGUCCAUAGUUAUGUCAGAUCUUCGCACACUGUAGUAGCAGCUUCACCCUGCAACUAUGCAAUGAUAAAAAAAUAUUUAUUGAGAUACUUUGAUUGUAAUUGUUGCAUCAAUAUGUUCAUUGUUAUGCAUUAAAUGUCUGUGCUGGUAAUACACUCUGCACUAUACCUAGUGCUUUCCUGUUAUGGAGGAAGACUGCAUACUGCUAUUUGCAUUCAAUUUUAAUGUAUUCUGCUGAACACUUUUACAAUAAAUUGCUUGUGAAAUACAUGAAGGAAUGCAAAACAUAUGCUACAUACUGUUUGCAAAACAUGUGAAACAGAAACAAAACUUAAACCUGUUCCUGUCCAUAAACCGAUCUGUUGAUUUUAAUCACUA